AUGCCAGCCGAGCCGUCAAUCUCGGACAGUCGGCACAGUUCGGUGGCAAAAUCGCAUUCGGAUAGUGAUACCUGGCUUUUACUAGCCGGAAGACCGGAUGCCGAGAUCGAACUCACCUUAACUUUUGGGGACGAUGAAAAGGCGGUUGAAAAUGUUUUGAAGAAGGACAAGCUGCUGAUUUUCACAGUACCGGUUUUUGGGGUACUUUCGACCGCUCCGGGGACCCUUACACUAAAAUGUGGAGACGAGAUUGUCAAGAUUCCGGUGACACAGCGGCCUAUUGAACAAAAAGCCGACGAGACACCCUCAACUUCCGUGGACAACAGCCAUUUGUUCCAAUUUGCCGAGAAUGGAGACUCACAGCAGUUGACACGCCCAUUUGCGCAUGCUUUUCACAAAACCGACAAUGAAGGAAAUACAGUCCUGCACAUCGCGGCGCGUAAUCAGCAGUCAUUUGCAAUGCGGACUUUCCUAUCCUCUUGUGAAAGCCUAAGCGAUGAGGAGCGGAAAACUCUGCUGAACAAGCGAAAUAGCCGGGGACAGACGGCGUUGCAGUGCGCGAUCCGAGCCGGGGACGCCGACUCGGUGCACUAUCUUAUCGCCUCGGGCGCCCCGCUCGACACCCCGGACAACCAUCAGAAUACCGCAUUCCACUACCUCGGCGACACGUACAGCGACGCGAUUUUCAAGGAGGUUAUCGAAGCCGGGUCUGGGAUGAAUGAGGAGUUGGAGAAGAAGAAUCAGCAAGGGCAGACACCGCUUAUCGUGGCUGUGACGAGGUUAAAGCUCUCGCUGGUGGAGAUGCUGCUCGACACCGGGCUUCAAGUCGAUGGGGCCGACGCCACGGGUAGAACCGCACUGAUGCACGCCAUUACAAUGAACGAUCCGGAUAUCAUCGCUCAUUUGCUACAGAAAGGCGCCGACGUCAACCACCAGGAUGAGAAUGGGGAUACUCCACUACUUCUGUCGAAACAGGCAAGCAAUUUCUAUAUCAUGGGCGCAUUGCUGGACGCCGGCGCCGAUCCGGCGGUCAAGAAUUCGAAGGGAAUUUGCCUGGCCGACAACCCGGAUCAGACGACGCGAGAUGUGAUCGCUGGUCAAAGGAUCGCUCCGGAGCUGAAGCCAUUUGGGCAAGCGCACAACCCGUUGUUUGGCCGAAGCGUAGGUGGUGGUGGCGCUGAUGGGGGGUCCGGGUCUGAAUCCGGCGAGGAUAUCCCGAUUCAAAUCGAUGAGAGCCCGCGAUCGAGCAGACCAUCAACAGCAGGCAGACGCGCCGGUGAUCCGAUCCCGAUCUCGGCCGGUUCUGCCCUUGACGAUGAUGAAGAUCUCGGAAUGUCACCCGAGCAAGGCCCAUCCUCGUCCACCACCCCGGGCAGAUCAAGGAAAAGCCGCUUCGAGUCGAGCAAUUUUGCUAAAGAUGACAUCAGCUCCCUCGAUUACCUGACCCGACUCCGUCUCUCGAAAAUCCUGGACAACAACGCAAAGUGGCAAGAUCUGGCAAUGGAGCUCGAAUGUGGCCAUAUGACGGAGCUGAUCCAGAUUUGCGCCGACGAGAAUUCUAGCCCGACCAUGAUUUUCUUGGAUCAAUAUGAGAUGGUGCCCGGCUCCAAGGUGUCGGCGAUGCGCACCGGCUUUGUCGCCCUGGGGCUUCCUGAAUGUGUCAAGCUGCUGGACGAGCGAGUGACGUAC